AUGGCAGAUGCGACCGAGCAUUGCUCUUUGAGCCUCGGCAGAGUUGUGAUUGGAGUGCUGGCUUCGCGCUUGGAGACCCGUGUACCCAGCAUCAAGCGGGCCAGGAGCGAGGUUGGGACCGAGGACGCGCCCCCGGCUAAGCGGCAGCAGCUGCUGGACGCAUCGGCAAGGGCACAGCCGAGCAGCAACAGCGAGGGCGAGGACGAGCUUCAUGCAGAUGACGUGAUGCAGUUCACCGUGCCGAGCUCGCCACAGUUGAUGAAGGGCGUGCGCAACAGCUCGAUGGCCGACAUCCUUGGCGCUGGCGUCCUCGCGCCACCCUCGGCUUUGCCGCCCGACGCAAAUACUCUGGACGAACUUGCCGCCAAGACGCUGCGCUGGAUCAAGGCUGCCAAUCCCGACUCGGAUGUGACUGCGAACGAGAUCCGGACCUUUCACGUCACCACCAAUGCGCUUGGCGCGCAUGUGGCCGAGGGCGGCCGCGAGCGGAUCACCAUCGGCAUGAAAGCCUAUCUCCUCGAAAUGGAGAACGUCAUCGACGACCCGCGCACCAUCGCCUGGCUCGGCAAUGUUGCCUUUGCCACCCACAAGCUUCGUCCGGAUCGUAUCCGCAAAGUCCAAUCUCGCUCGCCCAAGCAGGACCGGAUCCAGCCAGCAGCGGAGCUCAUCGAGGCGUCAAACCCGCCGAUGUCGCCGCAGCGCCUCUCUCCGAUGCCUCCGCAGCCCUUCUCCACCUGA